UGAUGGAGAAAAAACAUAGUCCUGCUUCAUUGCCAAUUUUAGAGGACUCUAAUUUGAAAAUUGGGCGGCUUUCUAUUCAAGAGAGAAAAGAGAAAAUUCAUAGAUACUUGAAGAAGAGAAAUGAGCGGAAUUUUACUAAGAAGAUUAAGUAUGCUUGUCGAAAAACAUUAGCCGAUAGUCGUCCUCGAGUACGAGGGAGAUUUGCAAAGAAUGAUGAGUUAGGAGAAACCCUAAGAUCAAGUUCUAUUCACCAUGAACAUGAAGAUGUUAUGGUGAAAGGAGAAGAAGAUAUGUUUGAUUCUUCGGAUAUAUUUGCUCAUAUAAGUGGAGUGAAUUCCUUCAAAUACAACUACACAAUUGAGUCAUGGAUAUGAAAUGCUAUACAAAUUAAAACCAUAUGAGUUUAGUUAUUUACAUUUAAUUAGGGUUCAUAGAACGAAUGGCUUAUUAGAGUUAUAUAUUUGUCUCACAAGACAUGUAUGAAGAGGCAUUAAUGGAAAGUUUUCAAUAUUAUC